AUUUGAAAUUGAAUAAAGACUCGUAAAUUAUCGUCUCUUUUUGUAACAACUGUAGAACCCUAGAAUACAGUAAGACCCUAGAAGAGAGUAAGACCAAGAUUUUUCCCAUUUGUGAGAGCAAUGUCUCGGUUUUUCUUCGGACUCGCCAAACUCUCUCCAGUCAGCAGCGAUGUACUUGCGCACAAAAGGAGGAGCUUUCGUUUGUUUUCAUCCUCCCUAGCCACCACUACUCCGUACUUGUCCCUGGGCGAUACGCUUAAGAAACACUCGCCGGAUGAUGGUACCGAAACAAGAGAUGUUGUCUUCUUCGAUCCGGUCAAGGAAGAGAGGCUUACCAUCACUGACAAAACCUUUCCCCAAGAGCUCGUCCACUCGAGGCAGAUCGGGAGUUCUCAUGGAUGGGGGAUUUUCUCUAGAGAUGGUGAGCGUUCUGUAUGUAUGAGCAACGUUUACCAUCCCUUGUCUCCCAAAUCAAACCCCGAGAUUAUCCCUCUGCCUUCUCUUACUGCUCUGCCAGAUAACCAAACCGGAGUCGUCUGGAACGUGGCAAUGUCUUCUUCUUCUCCUUCUGAUGAUGAUGAAGACUGUGUGGUUGCUAUCAAGUUCUUGGGCAAUCAGCUCAGUCUCUGUCGUCCCAACCGUGACUUGCGUUGGACCAACGUUGAGACUUUGGGUAUGUUGGAAACAUCUAAUCUCAUGUAUUCCAAGAGAGACCAACGAUUCUAUUUGCCUGCUCCUGGAGGCAACGAGUUGUACUCAUGGGAUCUCAACUUGGAUAAGAAGAACUUUAGCCCUGAGUUACAUCAGGUUGUGUUCCGCGACCUUCCUGAGCUGGCUGAGUCCGAGUGGGGUUUGCUGGAUAUGGUGUGUAGCAGGACGGAACACCUGGUCGAGUCUGCCUCCACUGGCGAGUGUUUUCUUGUCAAAUGUUACGCACAGGGUUACCCUUGGUCUGAAAAAUUCAAGUACAUGAUAAGGCGGUUCAUGGUGUUCAGAGAGGAGGAGACGACACAAGGAAGAUACAUGUGCUACACAGAGGACAUUGGAGAUUUGUGCAUAUUCCUUUCAAAGAGCGAGGCUUUCUGCGUCCAGGCUACCUCCUGCCCCGGUCUCCAGCCUAACUCCAUCUAUUUCAUUGGCAAAGGAUUUGGUAUUUACAGUCUCGCUGACAACAAGACAAUCCGUUCUUUUAAAGUUCCUUCUUCCUCGGGACUUUACUGGCUUCCUCCAUCUUGCAUCUAGUGCAUGCCCCUAUGAUGCGAACCAAAUGGUCCGAUCAGGAUAACCGAAUCGAACCGGAGGGUUAAGCAGAUAGAAGUGGCGUUUCCUGAUUUCGUUUUUAAUGUUUCCUUGAAUAUAGGAGCUUGAUCUCCAUUUAUCUAGUUAUGCAAUUAUGUUUCCUAGGUUUUAGGAUAGUUGAACGAUCCACUACUAUUUAUCGUUUGUAUCUCCAUGUGAAGAGAAUGAAUAUGAAGAGAAAAAUUGCAGUAAAGUGUUCUUUAAGUC